ACCAGAUGCUCAGGCAAAGAGUGAAAACAAAGAAAGAGACUUUAUUUUGUUAGACGUUUCUGGACUAGCGGAUGUCAUCGUAUCAGGCGUAAAGGUGUAGUAAUGGCCCUGCAGAAUGGAAUUGGACGUUGAUUUUUACAAAACAUUUGCAUGGCUUAAAAAGGUCAAUGUGCAGAGCAUAGGCAACAGUGAGAGCUAUCAAGAGCGGCUGUCUCGUCUAGAAGGAGAUAAAGAAUCUCUUGUGUUACAGGUGAGUGUGUUGACAGACCAGGUGGAGGCUCAGGGUGAGAAGAUCAGAGACCUGCAGAGCUCUCUUCAGGAAUAUCAAAACAAGCUCAACUGCACUGAGGAGAUGCUUCAACAGGAGCUAACAAGCAGGACUUGUCUGGAAACGCAGAAGCUGGGUUUGACGGAGGAAGUGUCCUGUCUGAAACUAAACCUUGUGGACAUGGAGGACAAACAUGCUCAAAGCACUGAGAGACAACAUAAAGCUGAGAAUCUGCUUCAGGAGCUGAAGAUGUUAAAGAAUCGAGUUGAACAGCUGGAACAAGAGAAGUCAAAGUACAAGCAAAAGCUCAAUGUGACACAGGCAGAGAUCACAAGUUUGCAGCAACUGUUGAGCUGUAAAAAUGCUGAGAUUGAGAGUCUACAGUCUCAGCUGCUCUCCAGAGCUCCAGUGUCUGUGGAUAGCGCUGAGAGAGAUCAGGAGCUCCAGAAAUUAAAAACAGGGAUGGAAUCAUUAAUCGCAUCCAAUAAUGAAAAGGACCGGCGAAUAGGAGAGCUUACUCUACUCCUCAGCCAGUGCAGACAGAUCAGUGACAUCAUGACUUUAGUUCAAGCAUCUGGAGACAAAUCUGUUCCCAUCAGCAGUGAGGAAGAUGAACAGAACGGAAGUAUAAACAUGAACUCGUUAACACACAAGGCUCACACUGAGGUUUGUGUUUUGACCUUCAGUAGCUCAUCUCCUUUACUGGUCUCUUCAGUUUCUUCACAAAAUGAUGAAAAUCCAAGAUCCAUCAGCAUGGAAGACUUGAAAGCCAGCUCAGAACAAAAGGCUCUGGAAGGCAAACUGGUAGAGCCUGUCCUGUCAGAAGAGAUUCAUCCAGCUGAUAACAGACAACAAAUACCCCCAGCGAUACAGAGUCUAUCGCAAAAAAGAGAGAGUGAGGCGAGUGGAACAUCAGACCAGAGUUCUCCAGAGGACGUCAGCCUUAGAAACACAGAGAAAAUUAAGGAUACAACAUCUUCUGACCUAUCCUCACUGUCGUCUGGAGCCGAUUCUGGUGAGCAAUCACCUGUGUUACAGGAAAAUGUUAAAAACACCAGCAUACGCAAACUUUGGGGAAAGAUCAAGAGAACAGGUGUGCUGUCAUAUGACCUGGAGCCCACCGAGUUCAGGAGAGGAGGGUUCAGGGCCACAGCAGGACCCCGGUUAACACGGACCCCUGAUUCAGGACACUCAGCUUGUCUGCACACGCCAUUCUGUAAGUGGAACACAGAGCAGGUGUGUAGCUGGCUGGAGGACAGCGGUUUCGGGCAGUAUGUCAAUUUGGCCCGUCAAUGGGUCGAUAGUGGUCAAACCUUACUAUCUGCCACUCCACAGGAGCUCGAGAAGGAGAUUUGUAUUAAACAUCCUCUGCACAGAAAGAAGCUGCAAUUGGCACUCAGAGCCUUUAAUAACAAGUCAAUGGAAAAAUCUUCUGAACUUAAUCACAUCUGGGUUACACGCUGGUUUGAUGACAUUGGCUUACCGCAAUACAAAGAUCAGUUCUAUGAGAGCAGGGUUGAUGGACGAAUGCUACAGUUUUUGACGGUGAAUGAUCUACUGUUCCUGAAAGUCACCAGCCAACUCCAUCAUUUGAGCAUUAAAUGUGCUAUCCAUGUUCUUCAUGCCAACAAGUUCAACCCACACUGCUUGAGACGGAGACCAGGGGACGAGAAUAAGACUUCUCCCUCUGAGGUGGUUCAGUGGUCUAAUCACCGUGUGAUGGAGUGGUUGAGGUCAGUGGAUUUGGCCGAAUAUGCUCCAAACCUUAGAGGCAGUGGAGUUCAUGGAGGCCUGGUUAUUCUGGAGCCUCGCUUUAACUCUGAAACUUUGGCCAUGCUCCUCAACAUCCCCCCACAGAAGACCCUCCUCAGACGGCACCUCGCCACCAACUUCAGCACACUUGUUGGAUCUCAGGCACAGCAAGAGAAACGGGAAUUUGCCAAUGCCAGCGGGCAUGCUCCGCUUACCACCACUGCCAAAGUCAGGCCAAAGAAGCUAGGCUUUACCCACUUCAGACAACUAAGAAAGCUCAAGACAGAAGAAUCAGCAGAUUUCAUCUGUCCCAUGGAAACAAGGACCCCACCGAUUCUAAGUGGGUCACCAAAGCGACUCUUUGUGAGCUUCAGAGACAUCAGUCCUGUCUUAGAUAGUGACUUAAACAGACUGGAGCAGGCUGGGUCUUCAAGUUGACUCACUGCUUCCUCUCUUCAGGAAAUCAAACCCUGCAGCUCCAGUAAGAUCAGUUAAUGCCAGUACUGCUUCAGGAACCUCAGUAUUAAUGACAUGAAUCGGUAUAAAAAUAGAUUAAUUCCCAGCAUACCAUCUGAAUCUUCUAAAAAGCAACAGAAAUGAUUGAGUCAUUUUUUAAAAGGCUGUAGUAUCUUUGAAAAUGUGCAAUGCCGAAAAUGUAACUUAAUACUUUAAUAAAUAAUUUAUACC